AUGCUAGGAGUAACCCAAUUUACGCAAGUGAUAGAAGGGAUUCGAAGUUCACUCCUACGUCACCGAUCGAAGAUCAGAGACGCUGCCGCAUAUGCCAAGGAAAGCAAAAUUAAGUGGGCCGAACACGUGAUGCGUUUCGACGACAAUCGUUGGACAACAGCCGUAAGCUGGAGGAUACCACGCGACAUCAAACGCACCGCAGCAAGACCGCCGACCCGGUGGUCGGAUCUCUUUGCGAAGUUUUUCAAAGAAAAGUAUGACGCUCUUCGAGUCCCUCGCGAGAAGACAUGCCACUGGGCAACACUUGCGCGCGAUCGGGAUAAAUGGAAGUAUUACUUGUGCCCACUCGAGCAAAUCGAUGAACAACGGGAGCACAGGUGA